UUUCAAUUUAGUCUAGUAAAAGAGAUGACGGUGGCAUUUAGAACUGUUUGAUUGUCACUCACACUACCGCUCUACUAUUUUUCAAAACAGCUAUAAGCGGCAUCGAUGCACGCGGCUGGCUUCAAAAUGGAAAUAUGUGAAAUUGUAGCGACUACUAUCUGCCCGGUGUCAGAUGUUAAGAGAAAGCGAGAUGAAUAUACUAACAUAGCGUUUUUCGAACGCUGCUAUCAGCGGCGACGCGUAUUUUCCUACAUGUUUAAUUAGUUUGUGAUUUCGUGUGUUCUGUGCGGAUGUGUUAUAAAAUGAAUAUAUGUGAGGUUAUUCGUAACAAGAUUAUUGGUGCAGAAAAUGUUGAAAAUUCUAAGUGUAAAAUUACAGAUGUCGGCGUUACGGUGAAAAUAAAUUCCAUGAAAUUAAUUCGUUUGGUGCGCGGCCAAGAAAUUCUUUAUAAUAGUUCAGCGGAGGGCUAUAAUGAUAAGAAUUACAAAGAAAUCAUUUGGGAGCGAAUUUACAGAGCGCUAUUCCCUUCGUAUGAUACAUACAAGCCAGAACAGCAAGCUAUCAUACGGCUAAGUAUACGUCGGCGUUGGAAAAAUCUUCGAGAUUCUAUAUCUCGCGAAGUCAAAAGGAAUGCUACACUAGAGAACUAUUCCCGAAGAAAGGAAAGUCCAAUUAUUGCCGAGCUCGAGUUCCUGAUCCCUCAUAUUAGGAGCUCAUAUUGCGCCAAAUUGGCUGAUGAGAUGGGACUUCGGGAAUGCUUAAAUAGUGCAGGGCUGAGCAAUGAGAUGCAACAAGAAGAAGACAACUUAAACGAUCUGAUUGAUUUGACUGAUGAAUGUGAUAUUAAAAAAGAAGUUCAACAAGGAUUCGAUUAUGAUGAUUUCGACACUUGUGAUAGUUAUUUCAUGAAUGAUGCGCUCUCCCCACAAGUAACAAUCGAUGUUGGAAAUAACGAUGCCAAGACUAUUGAAGAAGUGCCAAGAGCAAAUGAAACGAAUGAAUCGAUCCAAGGAACGUGGAACAAGGAAUUUUGUACAGUCGCACAAUACAAAGGCGGUGAAUUUAUCAAUCCGAUUGAUUUAUGUACAGGAGAGGAAAGUAUUGAAAAUAAUGGAUGUGUGGAAAAGGAGAAGGAAAUUGAAACAGAAACGGAUGUAUCUUCUCAUGACACGAGUAUAGUAGAACCGAAUAUUAAACGCGCACGAUACGAAGCUGCAGAGUCCACCAAAGACUUACAAGGUAGAAUUUUACAACUACUGAGCAGUUUAGAUCAUCGUGAACGUAACGAACAUGAAACGCAUGAUGAAGAUCGUAUGUUUUUACUCUCGCUGGUGUCCGACUUAAAACGAGUACCUGCAACGAAGAAAAUGGUGGUCAAAAUGGAAAUCGUAACGGCUAUCGCAAGAGCCAAUCAAAAUCAAUGAACUGCGCUACUGAGAAGUUGAAAUGAUAUAGACUAUUUAAAUUUGAAUUUCUGGCUUAUAUGCUUUGUAGAUUGAUAGUAAAGAACAGUAUGAUUUGGUAGUGCGAGCUUUUAGCUAGUUUAUAAAAAUUCAAAAUUCAUCUUACCAAAGUUAUUUUAGGCUAAAUUUUGUCAAAAAAUCAUAAUUUAUGCUUUUCACUAGUUGUAUUAAGUCAAAUCUGAGUAGUAUAACUUUCAACCUAUUUAGCUGAGUAAAAUUUAUAUUUUAUAGAUUUAGAGAAAACCUUACUUAGUUACGUUUUGUGUACACCCAUGUGCAUAUUAUAAAACUGUAUACAUACCUCUUGUAAAUAUACAUCAAUGGUGUUGCCUUUGGAUACUAUUUUUUAUAUAAAUUUCAUUACUAUUAUUAUUAUGUUAUCGUUGUAGGAAUGAUUUCAUUACCAAUAAGUUGUAAUAAUUAACAAAACAAAAGUUUCUUUUACCGUAUGCUUGGAGCUGUUUUCAUUUUGACAAAAUGUGCAUAUCUGCAUAUGUACCGUGCAGCAGUCACACGACAUAAAAAAUUUCAUGGAAAUUGAAUUUCAGUUUCUGUUUGUAAACGUAUUUCACAAUAAUUUAUCAAAAAUCCUUUUUGAACUCACAUCAUUUGCCAGCAAUAGUUCUGUCCGGGGAGAAAUGUCAGUCUAAAUAACAAAGUGUAAAUUCAGUAACAAUUGGUCACCAGACAGAACUAAUUAAUCAAGAAAAAUAAAAGCACAAGCAGUUAGAAACUUAAUUUCAGAAAUUAAUUUACAAAUAAAUCAGUGCAAUCAUACAAUGUAA